AUGGUCCUCCUUACAAUCACCGCCUCGAUGCUCGAGGCGAUCCACGAAUGGCGAGAUCGAGCACCAGACGAGGAUUUGCCCCAGCAGGCCGACGGCGAACCCUCGCUUUCCGACCCCGCCGUGGGCAAACCGAUAUCGCAUGCCCAGAUCAUCGAGCUACGGAACGGGCUGAGAGAGAAGGGCUGCGACAGCUUCAGCCUCGAACGGCUGCUGGUGGGCUCGACGGUGUUUGUUCCGCCGCCACCACAAAAGCCUGAGCAUACCGACGAGUACAAAGCCCUGAUGGCCCGCCUCCGCCGCGACGAAGAAGCCCGCGCGUACGAGCGCAUGGUCAAGCCGCAGAAAAAUCCGGCCGACUCCCUCCACUCCCCGCACCGCUUCUCCUCCUCGACGGCCCAGGCGUCCUCGUUCGCGGCCGUGAAUCGCCCACAGCGGGAAUUCGACAUGGGCGACGGCGAGGACGAGAUGAUGGUUGGCGAUGUGCAUCGCCAGCUCAUGCUGGUGCUCAACUUCCUGCUCAGCAUCUUUGGCGUCGCGGGAACGCUCUGGGUGCUGGCGCGCUGGUGGAGCACGCCCGCGCGCCUGUUGCUUUCCAUGUUCGGGGCCGUCGCGGUGGGUGUCGCCGAGGUCGGGGUCUACUAUUUCUACGUCUGGCACCUUGCCGAUGCGAGCAAGAAGGAUAAGAAGCUCAAGGAGCGGAAAACGAUCGUCCAGAGCUGGGUUGUUGACCCAUCGGAGCCCAAGGUGGCGUUGGCCGGGAGUGCCAACCCGGACAGUUUGGGGGACGGCCCGGCGGUGCGCAGAAGAAAGAAAGCAUGA